UUGGAUACCUCAUGGUAGGAUACCUCAUGAUUGUGUACCAAGGACUCCAGAGGCAGUAGUGAUUGUGUGUUAUACCCGACCAACCAUGGAAGAGCUGAAACAGGAACUAGAUGCACUGAAGUCACAGUUGGUCAAGAUCAAGAAGGAAGAUUCUGGACAGAAGUAUGUGUUUACACCUAAGCAGAGGAAGGUCGAGAAAUUUUCAGGACGGAAAGAUGAGGGACAGACUGUGUAUGAGUUUAUUGACGACAUUUCUCGUGUGCUUAAGACCCGCCCAACUUCUGAGGAAGAAAAAGUGGACUUCUUGAUAAGCCAUUUAGAAGGUCCGGCAAAGGAAGAGAUCCGCUAUCGUGCACCAUCUUGUAAGAAGAAUCCGCAACUAGUGCUUGACAUCUUGCGUGAGACUUUUGGUGAAAAGGCGACUGCAUCAGAGCUGACUGCAGACUUUUAUAGCACAAAACAGAAUCAAGGACAAUCCCUGCAAGAAUUUUCUCACACAUUGAUGAAGAAGCUGGACAGAAUAGGACAAGUGGAUCACAACUUCAUUUCUGAACCAGAGAGAACUCUUAGGAAUCAGUUUGCAGAGAAUGUGUGCGACAAAUGGCUCUGCCGGGAACUGAAAAAGUCACUCAGAUUAAAGCCGUCCCUGACCUUUAAUGAACUAAGAGAAGAGGCUGUUGUUCUUUCCUUGGAUAAAGAAGUACAUACUGACAGUUCAAAACAUACACCCAAGAGAGAGGCCACUGUGUACACAGAAGCAGCUUCAAGUGACUGUGCGAUAAUGAAUAUGGUGAAAGAAAUGAGGGAUGAAUUGUCUUCAUUACGAUCUGAAGUUCAGGAGUUAUGGAAAACAAAGACUGCAACUAAAGACUGGACUCAGAAAAAAGAAAGGAAGUGUUUCCAAUGUCACGAACCAGGACACAUAAAGAGAAAUUGUCCAAAGGCAAAGACUGUAACUUUAAACACGGAUUGCCUAUUGUCGAGAGCCGGCCAAUAG